AUGUCAGACGUGGCCGUGGACACUAGCUCCGAGAUCACCACCAAGAACUUGAAGGAGAAGGAAGUUGUGGAGGAGGCGGAGAACGGAAGAGAUGCCCCAGCUAACGGGAAUGCUAAUGAUGAAAGCGGGAAAGAGGAGGCUGAGAAUGAGGUAGACGAAGAAGAGGAAGAAGGCGGGGAGGAGGAGGAAGAGGAGAAAGAAGGCGACAAAGAGGACAGAGAUGAAGGCGAGGAGGCUGAAGCAGCUGCGGGCAAGCCAGCUGAGGAAGACGAGGAUGACGAUGUGGACGCCAAGCAGCAGAAGACUGAUGAGGUUGUCCAGACAGCAAAAAAAGGAAAAGUUAAACUUAAAAAAAAAAAAAAAGCCGCUGUGACCUAUUCACCCUCUGCUUCCCAUCUUGGAAUCUAA